AUGUACAAGCAUCUAAAGUACUGCUGUGCUUUAGGUGCUUGUACAUUCGCAGCUGUAGACGUAAUCGGUAGAUUUAAUCUCGACCUUAGCCUCCAGAUUUCGGACAGUAUCCACGUCACAAAAUUGCCUAAAUGUUUGGACUGGAUUUAUGCCUCCUCUUCAUGGAUGCCUUGGGCCAUAGCCCAACUCUCCCAGCAAACUACAUCCCCGUUGCUCCCUCAAUCCCUCUCCUACGUCGCCUGGCCUGUAUAUUGGUUCGCUCAAGGUAGUAUUCUGAUGGGGUUUUGGGUUCUUGGACAUGAGUGUGGCCAUCAUGCCUUUAGCGAGUACCAAUGGAUCGAUGAUGCGGUUGGUUUCUUCAUCCAUUCUGUUACUCUGACGCCAUACUUCUCGUUCAAGUACAGCCACCGAAGCCACCAUGCACACACGAAUUCAAUCGAGUACGACGAGGUGUACAUCCCAAAACGCAAGUCCGAUACGUUGUUCUCUGAGUUUUUGAACAACGGACCAGGCAACGUGUUUACUCUUGUCCUUCGUAUCACCAUGGGGUUGCCUUUGUACUUAAUCUUUAACGUUUAUGGUCGUGAUUACGAAGGGUUUGCGAACCAUUUCUUACCACAAAGUGGUAUCUUCAACAAGAGCGAGCGUGUUCAGGUUGUGCUAUCGGAUGUUGGAAUCAUGGCUGUUCUGUAUGCGUUCUACCAUCUCUUCGUGACACAAGGUGUAAAGUCAACGCUUUUUCUCUACGGAAUUCCUUUGUUGGUGAUGAGUGGUUUCUUUGUGUUCUUAACUUACUUAAAUCACACACACCCAUCGAUCGCACACUAUGAUUCAACCGAAUGGGAUUGGUUAAGAGGUGCUUUAUCGACAAUCGAUCGGGAUUUUGGUAUCUUGAACGGGGUCUUCCAUAAUGCAAAUCAAACUCACGUGGUUCAUCAUUUGUUCCCGACAAUACCACAUUAUCAUGCAAUCGAAGCUCGAGAGGCGGUGAAACCUAUGUUAGGUGACUACUACAAGUACGAUGACACUCCGGUGUUAAAAGCCAUGUGGCGAGAUACAAAGGAGUGCAUCUACGUUGAACCAGAUGAGAGUACGGAGAAAAAAGGUGUUUACUGGCUUAGCAUACCGGCACAUCAACGUCGAGACUUCUGGUAUCCCCAGCCGCCAUUGCGACCUUUCCCCCUACCAGUCAAGAGUGUAGCUUGCUGCCUCAACGUUGAAUACCACCAUAUCGCAGCCAUCGGGGAUGUAAGGAAACCGGAGGAGCCACCGAGACCCUUCAGCCACUGCUUUGGUGAGGCGAUCACCAUUUGGUCGUUGUUACUCAGCCAUCGAAGCCCCACAACUGCAAACAACAUUGACGGUGAUGAAGUCGAAGGAGCUAGGACCUCGUUGCUGCUACUCCACCUCUUCGCUUCUCAUUUUGUUUUGUCGUCAGCCACGACUAGUCACCGCCGCCUCAGCGGCUGUUCCUUUAUGUUGUCGACCUCCGUCUUCUCACGCCACCAGCCUGAGAUCAAGAGAAAAACCCACCAUGGCGUCCAACCAUGGUGGUUGAAGCCUCGAAAUCGUUUUCUGCCACCACAGGCCACCGUGAGGUGGUGGCCGUGGGAGUUAAUCGUUGGAUGA